AUGAGCCUGAACUGCCUCACUUGCCACACCCUGCAAAGAUCAGACUCGGACAUAGACAUAGAAAUCCUUAAAGAUUCAAACAUUACAGUACAAAAUGUAACGUCAAAAUAUGAAAAGAUGGCAAGGAAUCGAACAAUGUUGCCAGCGGUGAGACGGGUGAAAAUGGGACAUCGCAGGCUCUACAGCGCGGACGCCGUGGUCUAUAGGGAUCUUGACGAGCCCAAGUUGGCAAGAAGCAGUGGGCUUAGAAGAGAUUGGAGCUUUGAGGAUCUAAAGAAACAAAGAGAUGAGAUAAAAAUUGGAGAGACAAUAAAGGAAUAA